AUGCCAUACGAAAUAACUGAUACAAGUGAGGAUUUAGUACGCGAUCAGGAUACAUUCUUUGUUGAAGCCCAAACUCAAACAGACGGCUCUUUAGAAUGUACGUUGCGAACAGAAAUAUUUCGGCUUACCGAAAUAAUUAAACCAUGCAAGCAAGCAUAUGAUUGUCUAAGAGAUGAGGGAUUUAAUAUCAGUCCCGAAACCAUUAUUUUAUAUGGGCAAAGUAUUGGAACAGUGCCGACGGUUGAUUUGGCUACAAAGCAUGAAGUUGGUGCAGUUAUUCUUCAUUCCCCAUUAAUGUCUGGAUUAAGAGUGGUUUUCCGCAACACAAAGAGAACAUGGUUUUUUGAUGCAUUCCCAAGUAUUGACAAGGUUUCCAAAGUGAAGUCACCUGUUCUUGUAAUACAUGGAACCGAUGAUGAGGUCAUAGAUUUUUCACAUGGGAUCGGCAUAUAUGAGCGCUGUCCAAAAGCUGUGGAACCUUUAUGGGUGGAGGUAAUUGUAUUUAUAUACACAACUCCGCAAAUUUAACUUAACAGCAGACAAUUUCUUGAGAAAUAUUUUUC